UCGGUGUCACGCGAGUACGACGUUGAACUUUCAUCUAUUAUUGAUUGUGUCUUUUUGAUAAGGAAAACGAUUCAAUGGGCUAGGCUGUUACAUGCCAUCGAGUACUCGCGUGUGACUGUUUGGCAAACGAACGAUGGCAUUGUCGUUCUAAAAUAGAGUGUCCCCUCGUAUACAAAUUGCACGCGUCCUAAGCACGCUUACUCCGUUCUGGUGGAUGUGAUAGGGUGACUGUAUCGUGACGUGCAUUUAAUGCUGCGCUGGCUGUCAGUUUCGUUGUACAUCGAGGAUUACGUUGCGUCUUCGUCCGCGUAAAUAUAUUCAUAUUUUUUUUAACAAUUUGCUCGAUUCGGGUGUAAAGUAUCAACCCAUCCACGUCGUUACCGAUGCGCAUGAAUCGUACCCGAGAUAUUACAUUUGUUUACAAGCAGAACUUUGAUUACUCGACAACAGCACCAACAAAAAGGUGCAGUGAAAAGUGACAUGUAGAUACUCCGUGCCCUUUCAAUGUUAUCUACAUAAUCGGUUCGAUGGACAGUGUCGCGUUAUGCGUGUGGGGUCGACUGAAGUACGCGGCUGCGCGUAAAGUGUGUAGGUGCGAGCAACCAAGAGGGGAGAUCUUCUGUUAUCUCUUUCUCGCCUUCGACUCGACAUUUCCACCGCGAAUGAAAAAAUGUUUAACUUUAUAAAGAAGGCCACGGAAAAGGACGACAAGGAGAAGAGGAAGCGCGAAAAGAAGGAACGAAAAGAUGUCAAGAAACGUGACCGAAGUAGCAUGUCUGCUGAGGAAUUACUACGUUUAGACGAAAUAAAUAAGAAACGGUACCGUAACGAAAUGAUUGCUUCGACCCUUCUUAACGCUCUCGGCUUUCAAGGCUCCCCUCGCCCACCUCCCACCAGGCCAUCAUUUUUGGUUCGAAGAUCGUUGAAAAUUCCUGGACGGCGGAAGGAGAAACAGAAAUUACCAAGUGGUAUAACCGCGGACUACAGUGCCUCGUUUUUCGCGAACUUAGAUCGCGAUCUGUUGGAAAACUCGCAAAAUUCAGCAAAUUCUGGGCAGAGUGCGGGUACUGGGAAUAAUUCGCUGAAUAAGACACCAGAUGGUUUGAUACAAAGCGACUCCUCGGAAACUUCCCUAACUUCUUUGACCAUCGCCACCACGACGUCUGCGUCAAUGCGAACGAGCGUCGCUGGCCAUUUAGGAAAGACUUUCCCGCCAUUACCACCGAAACCUCCUAAACGGGGAAUUCUGAAAGGACCCCGUCUAAAUAUCACUGGCUCGGCCCAAAUGUUUUCCGAGGAAAAUACAUUGUCGAACGGCGACGAGGCUAAUUAUCAAGAGGCUAGCAAUUUAUUAGUGAGAAAUACUUUGCAAAAUGAAGUAAUAGCUUAUCAAAAUGUACCCACGUAUUUAUCGGGAUUCGGGAACGCUGUAAAUAUUGAGGAAACAUGCAGCGAAGAAGAGAUGCAAACUAGUCAGAGUUUGUGGCAAAUUUCACCUCAAAGGUCUGUUCAACAGAAUCAGCAACAGCAUCAAUACCAUCACCAUCAUCAUCCGCUCCAUCAGAGUGACACGAAACUUUUACAGGUGGUAACUAGUGCGAGCCCGUCGGCCGAUUCCUUAACGGACACGACAAAUUCGAGUUUCGCAACGCCGCCCUUCAGUCUAUCGCCGGUAGGGGAAUCCCAAGGUUUCUCAAGAUGGCGAUCGUCAACGUCCUUUGAGGAGCAGGGUGUCGAAUUACAACUACCUGAAAUUAUUCCGAUAGAACUUCCUGAGCCCCGUGAAUUGACAAUCCAUAGGCAACCACCGCCACGUAACGAUUUCGGAUUUUCAUUGCGCCGAGCCAUGAUCGUCGAACGAGGGGCGAGUGGUGUUAUGCAAAUGAGAUCGGUGAUAUUCGCGGAACCUGGUUCACUGAUACAAAACAAUAAUGAUACUGGUUUGUUGCCUGGUGAUCGAUUAAUCGAGGUGAACGGGAUUAACGUUGAUGAUAAAUCACGCGAGGAAAUCAUAGACCUCAUCAAGCGUUCUGCCAACAGCGUCACCGUACGGGUUCAACCUGUUGCAGAACUUUCAGAAUUAUCAAGACGCGGUGCUACCGACAGUCAAGCCGAGCUUUCAGUUACGAGCUCUCGAAGCGGCACGCUUUAUCAUCGCGGAAGUUCGCGGUUUGACGAUAGUAUGGCACGAUCAGAGGAGCACUUGGCGCAAGAACAAGCAUGGCUAAAUUUCGAAACUAUUUGGUUGUUGCAUCGAGGUGGCUUUACUCUUGCGACAAAGUACAAUUCAGCAGAUCCGGAUACGGGAAAAUUGAAAAUUCGUUUAGUGUCUUCCGGGGAUGAGCUUCUUGUCGACGAAGAGGAUGUCGAAAAGGCUAAUCCCCCACAGUUCGACAAGGCCGAGGAGCUCUCGCGUUUACGGUUCUUAAAUGAAUCUUCCGUUCUUCACACGCUGAGGCAACGCUAUGCUAGUAAUUUAAUACACACUUAUGCGGGAGAUAGUAUGAUCAUUAUCAAUCCGGUAGUGCCAUUGGCGAUUUACUCAGAAAAGGUGGCGCUGAUGUUCAGGGGAUGUAAGACUGAAGAUAUGCCACCGCAUGUUUACGCGAUGGCGCAAACAGCCUAUAAAGGAAUGUUAGCGACACGAAGGGACCAUUCCUUAGUUUUUCUCGGACGUAGUGGAUCAGGCAAGACCACAAACUUUAAACAUGUUCUUCAUUACCUUGUAUUGGCUGCAGGCACAGUUAAUAAGGUCUUGACUACCGAGAAACUGAACGCCGUCUUCACAGUUUUGGAAGCUUUUGGAAACAGUAGAACACACAUGAACUCAAAUGCAACACGCUUCACACAACUUUUCAGUUUAGACUUCGAUCAGUCUGGGCAAAUAGCGUCUGCCUCUUUGCAGGUGCUACUUUUGGAGAAGUCAAGAAUAGGGAAAAGGACAAACGGUGAUCCAACAUUCCAUGCGAUGUACCGUUUGCUAGCAGGUGCUGAGGGUGCCUUAAGGAAAGAAUUGCAUCUCACUAAUUUAGUCGCUGAAAAUAAUCCGUUCAUUACGCCUCUUCAGAAGCACGAAGACAAACAACGAGCCAUGGUGGAAUUCAAUCGGAUCGUGGCCGCUUUCCGGAUUCUCGGUAUUUCUGAAGCUGAUGAGAAAGUUAUUUGGCUGGUACUUACUAGUAUAUAUCAUCUGAGUUGCGCCGGUGCUGUUAAAGUCGGUACAAGUUCUCAGAGUCGUUGGCAAUUCGCAAAAGUGGAAUGUGCAGAGAAAGCUGCUACGCUGUUAGGUACCACUGUCGAAGAACUGAUUAGAAUAGUCUUUUCCCCUAAUGGAGGUGGUGCUGGUACACCAAAUACUUCAAGACCCGCUCUUCGGACGCCAAGUCCUACAGAGCAAAGUAAGGACAUAACGGGUUUUGACGCUCUCGAAGGUCUUCUCAUUGGGCUUUAUUCUGAAAUAUUCCAUUGCAUCGCAGCUCUUAUUAAUAGAUCCAUAUCAUCCUCUGUACACACGGUAGCAACUUUAUUGCUUUGUGAUUCACCAGGUUUUCAGAAUCCUGCCACAUGCGGAAGGCAAACCGGAUCAUGCUUCGAAGACCUUUGUCAUAAUUAUUUACACGAACGGUUGCAACUGCUUUUCCAUCAUACGACACUGAUGGCGCCGAAGGACAGGUACGUCCAAGAAGGAAUUGAUGUAGAUUAUGAAGAUGAGUGUGACGAAGUUGGAAUUGGAUCGCCUCAAGGUUUGGUUUCGCUGUUAGAUCGUGGGAGUUCUCAAGGUGCCACAAUGUUACGAACUAGCCAGAAUGAUCUUACCGGAAGUAGACAGAUCGAACGUAAGGGUCUUUUAUGGCUAUUGGACGAAGAGACAGUCUGUUCUGGGGGUAGCGACGAGACGUUUCUGGAUCGACUAUUUUCUCAUUACGGCGAUCGAGAUUAUCAAAUGCUCUUAAGAAAGGCACCUGGCAACAAUCAGUUUAUUUUACAACAUUUAUUGGGUACUAAUCCUGUACUCUACACAGCGACUGGUUGGCUUAAGGCUACACGAGAAAAUCCUGUUACAAAAAGUGCUAUCACAAUUCUUCAAGAAAGUACAAGAGAAGAUGUAAGCAAGCUAUUCAUAAGUGCCCGGGGAGCUGGAGUUUCUGGAACUUUAUGUAACUCGAUGCCUGGUUUAGAAGGUUCGCAAUCGUUAAGACGAGCUUCGAGCAUUCGACGAACAUUUUCGGCUGUGAAGAGAAAAAAUGUUUGCUUGCAGGUCAAAUUUACUGUAGACGGACUCGUUGAAACAUUGCGGAGAACUCGAGUUAAAUUUAUCCACUGUGUGUUGCCGCAACACAAUUCUGGGUGUAUCGACAAUAAAAGUUUAUUAUCUGUGAAGUCGAAUCAAAGCGAAGACAAUGUAAUCAAUGUACCUCUUCUGCGCUCACAGAUUCGUGGGAGUCAAAUAAUCGAUGUUGUCCGGCUGCAUAAAGUCGGAUUUCCUAAGCAUAUGGUCUUAGGUGAGUUCAGAAGACGAUUCAGUUUAUUAUCAACUGAUUUUAACGCACGACCGGGUAGUCCCAUAGCCGACGAACGACGCGCCGUGGAAGACAUGUUGCUCACAGUUGAUGUUGAUCCAGCUACAUACCGAGUAGGCCAAAGUCAAAUAUUUUUCAGAUCGGGAACUCUCGAACGAUUCGAAGCUCAGAGGGACGAGAAACUAACUGGACAUAUUAUUCUUCUUCAAGCAAGGUGUAGAGGUUAUCUGGCACGUCGUAAACUCAACACUUUGAAAUUGCAAGAUCUGGCAGUGAGAUGCAUACAAAGGAACGUCAGGAAAUGGAUGUCCGUAAGAGAAUGGCCAUGGUGGAGAUUAUACAUAAAAGUUGCACCUCUAUUGAACGUUCAUCGGACCGAAGAUCAAUUGAAGGCAAAAACGGAGGAACUUGAGAUUCUCAGAGCCAAGGUCGAAAGGUUGGAGCAGGAGCGUAAUCAUCUGAAACAUGAUAACGAUGUAUUGGAAUCCAAGUUGAGUGAAAUAUCUGCCGACUUUGCGGAAGAGCACUCUACCUCAACGUUGGCAGCGGAGAGAAUAAAUGCAGAAACAUCUGAACGUCUGCGUCUCGAGAGAGAGCUUCAAGAUGUGACCGAGACCAAUAAAAAUCUUCAGCAAGCAACGGAACGUCUGGAAAUGGAACUUUUGUACGCGAGGGCCGCCGAUUUGAAUGGAAUUUCAUCCGACGCCGAGGACAAUGAGGAUGGCGGGGUUUACAAGCAGAGGUACGAGCAUGCCGUCAGAGAACUUGAAUUCACCAAAAGAAAAAUGGCACAGCAACACGAAGACGAUCUUGAACAGCUGGUGGGACUUAAGAAACAAUUGGAGAAAAAGUUAGCUGAUGCCUACGAAGAGGUCGAAGAACAACGUCAAGUUGUGGGACAAUGGAAGCGUCGUGUGCAAAAGCUAAACGGUGAAAUGCACGACUUGAGAUUAAUGCUAGAAGAACAAACAGCCAGGAAUAAUCUUUUGGAGAAAAAGCAACGCAAAUUCGAUUCAGAAACUCAAAAUUUAAUGAACGAUCUUCGACAAGAGAAAGCACAACGCGAAAGAGUCUCCAGGGAGAAAGAAAUUGCAAUCGCUGAGAAGUUUACUGUGGAGCAAAAUCUGAGCGACGCGAGACUAGAGAUUGAAUUGAAAGAGGAAAGGCUGCGAACGUUGAGCCAAGAACUCGAAGAGCUGACGUUCGGUGGUAAAACCGAGGAGGAAGUGGCGCAAUUGAAGAAAGCCAAGCACGAAUUGGAGAAAAGAACGAAAGAUCAAGAGGAGGAACUGGACGAUCUUGCUGGCCAAGUUCAACUGUUGGAGCAAGCGAAGCUGAGGCUUGAAAUGAGCAUCGAACAACAACGCAAGGAAAUGCGUAAAGAAAUGCAGCAGCGGGACGAAGAAUUGGAGGAUGUACGAGGCACUGCGCUUAAAAAGGUCAAAGCUUUGGAGUCACAGUUAGAAAACGAACACGAAGAAAGGACAAUUCUACUUCGUGAGAAACACGAACUAGAACGUCGCUUGGUGACCAUCGAGGAACAAGAUCGAGCAGAGCGCGCUAUAGAGGUCGAAACCAUGCACAGAUUGAAGAGAGAUCUGAAGAGGACGAAGGCGCUGCUCAGAGACGCUCAAACGAUGCUCGAAAGAUCCAAGGGCGAAUCAACGGGCAAGGCAGCGUUGCGACAACUUAAAAAUCAGUUAGAGGAUGCCGAAUGCGCCAGAGCAGUCGCCAUGAAGGCGAAGCAAGCGCUGGAACAAGAAUUAAAUGAAAUACAAGCGUCGCUCGACGAAGCGCUGCGGCAGCGUUCCGAAGCAGAAGAUCGCGCCAAUCUAGCCAACCGCGAACGAACCGAGUUACUCUCGCAAUUGGAAGAAAACGAAGAGGAGCUCGCUGAAGUCUUGAAGAAGUAUCGAGCAGCGGUUCAACAAGUAUCGACGGAACAAGGACAGUUGCAAGAGGCACAGAUACAAAUUACCGCUCUGGAGACUGAGAAAACCUCGUUGAAAGAUCAACUUUCAGAACUGACGCAACGACUGGAGUCCGUUGAGCAACUAGGAGACCCUACGGCAAAUAGUCUGGUCGCAAGACGACUGGAGUUCCGUGCCAAAGAACUUGAAAGUAAACUGGAAUUGGAACAGACGACAAGAGCACGCUUGGAGACUCAGAUAGCAAGAUUGAAAGAAAACGUUGAGAAACUGCAAAUCGAAUCGGCACUACUGAGAACGAAAGAACAGACUGCUCAGGAUACUGCGAGACGAUUGCAGAGAUCGUUACGCGAAGCAAGAGAAGAAGCUAAUUCCGCGUUGGCGCGCGAACAAGAAUCCACGCGCGCUCGCCGCGAAUUGGAGAAAUCUCUCGAGGCUGCGGAAGCGGAGACUAAAAUCGCCAGAGACGAUCUUAGAUUAGCGCUUCAGAGAAUCGACGAUUUGCAAAGCGCUAUUCAGGGUGAACUUGACUUGGAUUGUAGCGAAGAAGCAACGUCCGAAAACAGCGAUAGCGAUUGAUCUGAACCGAUGUCGGAUUUCCAGACCGACAAAAGCAAAAAUGAAGAACUAUCGAAUGUAUGCAUAGCCGAAGAACUACUUGAUAAGCCAUUAUUCAUCGAUGCGACGAGCAAUGAUUAACACGCUAUCAUUGUUCCAAAUAAGCUGAAAUGGACGUCGUUGACGCGUUCAGGGUAGGCAUAAGCUUUUUAAGUUAAAGCUAUCUUGAUCAUGGAUCAGGGAUUCCUGAGCAAGAACCGUCCUGACUCACGGUUGUAAGUCAAAGGGCAGUGAACAUAUUAGUCGAAGAAAGAAAGCGAUGCGAGGGAAAUCAAGCAUGGGAAAAUAAUAUAGAUGAACAUGUUAAUUCAAGAUAGAUACGUUUAGUUUCUCAUUGAUAACGUUACCAUCACUGUCGAUCAAUAUCGAAGUAUUAUUUUUACAACAGCGAAUCAAAAUUAAAAAAGAAUGGAAAUCAAAGUAUACACUUUAUACAUGUAUCUUUUACAGACACGUCUAUGGUCGGUAGUAUAAAAUUCAUAAAUACAAACAGGAGCAACGAGCAGUUAUCAACACUUUAUACGAAACUUAACAUGAUUUCACUUGUAGCUCUUUUGCUUAUCGUAACGAUAAGAAAGUUUGUAGGUGCUAAUUAUUAUUUGCAAAGACAAUGUCGAUGUCGUAGCUUUUGGUAUUUUGCUUAUCGAUACGCGCUUUGGUGCUGCUUCAUCCGACAAUGGUUCACGUCGACACGAUGUCGUUGUCCCCAGUCUUCCAAAGGAAAUCGAACUUUCUGGAUGCUGUAGCGUUGAACCGUACACAUUUACACGUUCGAUAACCACAUCUCGUCGCCUUUCUAAUUACGUUGUAAUAAUAUUAUGGAAACUUCUAUGCGCAACGUAAAGGGAAAUCGAACUGCAAGCCUUACUUCUCCAUAAAUAAGCGAAAAAAAAACAUAUUGUACGAUUCUUAACAUUUUGCUAGCUAACCGACCAUGUUGGUUAGUCUUUACAAUUUCUAUUAUAUAGUACGACCAACGACUCAAUUCGUCAGUUUCU